AUGAGGUUUCGGUUGGAAGCCCAGCGCAGUCUCAGCCCCGCGAGGACUCCGUCUCCCGGCUGUCCGCGCCAGGCGGUGGGCGGGGCUUCCAAGCUCACCUGGCCGUUUGGGGCGGAGCCGCCCGAGGUGCCGGACGUGGGAGUACCGGUGGUCUCUCAGUUGCAGCAGCUGGAGAGCCUAAGUUACUCGAGCGUCUUCCCCACCGCCAGCGCCAGUUCCUGUCCCGAUGGGGAUCGGGAAGGCCAACGAUCGCUAGGCACUAGAACCACGCUGGUGACAGCCACCAAGACCAUGGCCCAGUCCGGAGCCUCCGCGAACUCGGAAUCCAAGCCCUUGCUCAAGCCAACUCCUAGGAGCCUGCGGGGCGCUCCGCAACUCCGCCCGUCCUUAGGGAACACCACUACCCUGGGCAGGUACUGGGGCCACGCCGCCGCUGUUUCCCGGGAGUCCUCCUUUCAGGGUUCACUGAUGCUCCCCGAAGCCAGCUUCGCGCGCCGGCGAGAAACACUACGAGAACUGCUGGGGCUGCAGAGGAUGUCUGUUCCCUCCAGGUGGUUAUCGGUGGGGCACGCGAAGGAGCCAUCCCCGCGUGGGUCUGGUAGGCUGAACGGCUCUAGUGGUGGCGGAUUGUUGCUGGAACCGCGGGAGCACGCGUGGAUCCUGGCAGCCGCCGAGGGUCGUUUUGAAGUGCUGCGGGAGCUGCUGGAGGCUGAGCCCCGGCUGCUGCUGCGGGGCGAUCCGAUCACCGGCUACACCUUGCUGCACUGGCUGGCCAAACACGGCUACCACGAAGAAAUGAUUUUGGUUUAUGAUUUUGCCAAACGCCAGGGACUGCCGCUUGACGUGAGCGCUACCGGCAGCGGUGGCUUCACACCGCUCCACCUGGCGGCUCUGCAGGGCCACGACAUGGUCAUCAAAGUGCUGGUAGGCGCCCUAGGUGCUGACCCCACGCGCCGUGACCAUAGUGGCCACCGAGCCUGCCACUACUUGCGGCCUGACGCCCCUCAGAAGCUUCGGGAGCUGUCGGGGGCCGAGGAUUGGGAGACCGAACAACAAAAGAAGCGUGAUCACAACGCCGACCACAACAACAGCAAUACUACAUCGGGGUGGAUGCUCAAACGGACCCUGAGCAUGCCUGCAGCAUCGACUAGGGCGGUGGCGGACAUAGAGACCGAGGCAGAGGCGGCAGCAGCAGCGGCAGAGGCAGCACCGACAGCAUCGACGGCACCGACAUCUGCUUCCAAAAAAAAGAAGGCUACAGGCAGUCAGGAGACAUAUAUGAAUAGAUUUUUACGCCAUUUGUUCCCUUUCUUCCAGGAUCGCUGA